ACGAGAGAGAGAGAGAGAGACCAGAAAGGAUAAUACAUAACUCAGAAUACAUAUAGCAUUUGGGUACCAAGAAGAAGGGAAUAUGAGGCUUGGUUGAUUGUUGGUCCAUGCGCUGCGGGGAGUCCCUCGUGUACCGUGAACCCAGUUGUUAUCCAAAAAACGUACGGCACUGAUUUUAAUUGGCAUAAACAAUAUAUAGUGUGCAACGCUAAUUAAUUUUUUCCUUCAAAUUUUUUUUUGUUUUUUUUUUUAAAUAAAACAAAUACGUUACAGCAUCCCUAUAACGAUAUAAUAAUAGUCCUCCCUCAUGGGAAUGGAAAUUUCAUAUAUGAAAGUGAUGUUUAUAAUUUAAACUUUUUCUUUAAUUUCUUCCUUCUUUUUUAUUAGUGAUAAAUUAUCUUUAUUCAAAACUUAUUGUUAUAAGAUUAGGAAUUUUUCAUAAUGUAUACGAAAGUGAAUAUUUUACGAACAAAAAUUUAGUGAUUGCAACAAUCCAUCAUCCAGAGGAAAAAUAAUAGUGCGACAUUUUAUGUGCGACGGUUAUUAUUAAAGACAAGAGUGAAAUUUAAAAUUAGUGCAAUUAUUUUAAUGCAUUAUAUAUCAUUAUGGAAUGUGAAGGAGAAGCAGUUUUUCAAUAAUUAUUCACAAAUUAGAAAUAAACAGUAAAUGCAUAGAAAGCAAUUUAAAAAAUACUGAGUGGUGUGUGAUAAAUUUUAUGAAAAAACUGUGACAAGUAUAUAUAUUUAAUUGUUCUCCAUAUAUAUUAAUAUCAUAACGAAAAAUGAGGUGGUUGGAACUACUUGCAUUCAGAAAGAAUAUGAUUCGAAUAUUAACAGAUUUUCGAGUGCAUUAUUUGAUAAAACUAUUUUCAAAAGUGAUUGUCAGUUGAAAAAGGUGACAUUAGUAUAUAUUCAGAGAGAUUCAUCCGGGAAAAAUAUCCGUCGGAAACCAAAUGAAGUGGUUUAUCAUUGAAAAGGUCUCAAGUACACAUCGGAUACAUUGGAUCUAACUUCAUCACAGUUAUUGAACAAUAACAAUAAUAAUAAUAAUAAUUUGAUAAGAUUCUUCAACGACAAUAGUGGAUCUGGUCCACCUGAAGUUGUAAUGAAAGAGAAAAGUAAAAAUGCGGCGCGAUCGCGUCGUGAGAAGGAGAAUCAAGAAUUUUCCGAACUUGCUAAAUUACUUCCACUUCCAACUGCAAUUACAACGCAAUUGGAUAAAGCCAGUAUUAUCAGAUUAACGACAAGUUAUCUCAAAAUGAGGCAGGUUUUUCCUCACGGCCUGGGAGAUGAAUGGGGAGCAGUACCUCCUCCUCGUGAAUCAAAUAUGAAAGAAUUGGGAUCUCAUCUUUUACAAACAUUGGAUGGUUUCAUAUUCGUUGUGGGACGUGAUGGAAAAAUUAUGUACAUUAGUGAAACAGCAAGCGUGCACUUAGGAUUGUCCCAGGUGGAAUUAACCGGAAACAGUAUUUUCGAGUACAUUCAUGAAGAAGAUCGAGAAGAAAUGGCACGUGUUUUACUUUUACCACCGGAAUAUUAUAAACAUCCAGAAUAUUUACCACCUCCAAAUGUUCGAGGUGAAAUUGAAAUAGAACGGGCAUUUUUCAUUAGAAUGAAAUGUGUUCUUGCGAAAAGAAAUGCAGGUCUCACGAAUCAGGGAUGGAAGGUCAUUCACUGUUCGGGCUACCUCAAAGUGAAGCAAUGCACAGUCCCUGUAUCAGACUACGAAGACAAAUACGAUUACCCCACUUUUGGUUUAGUAGCCGUCGGUCAUUCACUGCCACCUAGUGCAAUUACGGAAAUUAAACUGCACAAUAACAUGUUUAUGUUCCGGGCUUCUCUCGAUAUGAAGCUUAUAUUCCUCGAUUCCAGUGUACCAAAAUUAACCGGAUAUGAACCAGCAGACCUUAUUGACAAAACGCUGUAUAAUUAUAUCCACGCCAACGAUAUUCACGAUCUAGCCAAUGCUCACAUCCUCCUUCUAAAGAAAAGUCAGGUGACAACAAGGUACUACAGGUUCUUGACAAGAGAAGGUGGAUGGGUAUGGAUGCAAUCUUACAUCACAAUUGUCAACAAUCAAAGAAGUUCGCGACCACAAUGCAUUGUUUCGGUGAAUUAUGUUCUUUCUAAUCCAGAGAGACAGGAAUUGAUUUUAAAUAUGGAUCAAAAUCAAAUGAAUAAUUCUGUUCAUGGUAAUCCACCGAGUGCACCACUCACUGUAUCGACACCUGGUACUGUCAGUACCAAUGGUCACGAUGAUCACAGUCUCAGUCCUUCGUAUCGUAGCAGAACAACCGAUUCCGAAUAUCCUGAUUCUGGUUACGCAAGUUUGGAAUACAUUGGAAGUACUCCUAAUCCCGGAUCUUAUCUCUCCAGUCCAUAUUCUACACAAGCCAACACACCACACGAGGAGGGGUCUUAUUACGCGUCCGACAUGUACGCCUACGAAUAUGGUAUACAGCCAAUUUCGUCAGUACCACAGCAGCAACAGCAUCAUCAGCCAGUAAUUCAUCAGACCUCAACGACAAUAAUGAAUGCACAUCAGCACAGUCCACAGCAGAAUCCAAGAAAAAGGCCCUAUUCGGCAUGCUCGAGUUCCUGUGAAAGUUCCGAUGCUUCAGAAAGUCAUCAAUCGAGUCCAUUGGGUGUUAAUUUAAUGGUGGAUGGACUUCGUGGUGUACAAUCAUUCUCCAACUAUCAUCACGCUCACAAUCAUCAUCACCAUAAUCAUUUAUUGGAAUCAACAUCAUCGUCAACGAAUUUAGAAACAAAUCAUGUUAUGUUUCCAAAUUGUGGUGUCACCAAUAAUAAUUCAAGUUACACUGGUUCCAAUACAAAUCUUCCACAUUAUGAGACUUAUCCUCAUCAUCAUUCUGGUCCACAGAGCAAAAGAAGAGCAAUUCAGGUUGAUCCAAUUGAUGCUGGUCCUGGCUAUACGAGUGUUAUUGUUGAUUCACAUCAAUACAGUCCAAAUUCAAUACAAAUGAAUGUACAAUCUCCAUCAUCCGUGAUGACAACAAAUUCAUCAACGCUUCAUGCGCAUCAUCAUCAUCAUCACCAUCAUCAUCAUCAUGAAGCACAUCGGCAAUUUGUACACUGACAAUCGGUACAAGUGCCCAUUUAGCACUCGCCAGCUGAAAUAAUGCUGGAGCAGAAAAAUUUACUAUUACCGGAUGUGACAAUUCGGCUUGUGAGUAAUUGGAGAGUCAAAAAUUCAUCUCGAUCCGAAUAACAAAAAAAAAAAAAAAAAAAAAAAAAAAAGAGAGAGAAUUUCCCUAGCAAAUUCGUUUGGAGAAAAUUUUCUGUUUUCUUGGAAUGGGGGAAAAAUUGAACGAUAUAUAUGAAAUUUACAAAGUCGAUAUACGGAUCAGUUCAAAAUUGAUUCAAUUCACUUGGGUUUCUGUUUUUGAUUGCGGAUUCGAAUGUUCUUUUUUAUUGGAUAUUCAAAAAGACAAGUAUGUAAUAUUUGUAUAAAAAAAAAAGAAAUUGAGUUUUUGUUUUUCAUACAGAAUGUAAAUUGAAAAUUAUUCUGUAUAUAUAAUUUUUCUAAAAUUUCACGCAUUAGAUAUUUUUUUACUGCGGCAUAUAUAUAUUAUAUUUUUUAAUUUAGACAUAAAUAUAUUUCCUUGAGUAUUAUAUUAAGCUAAAAAUCGAUUAGUUUAACUUGUUAUUUUUUUUCUAAACAAUUUUUAUGUAAAAUUGAUUAAUUUAAGAUUCGUUUAUUUUAAUUAAAAUUCAUUAAUCUGUUUUUUUUUCAAUAACAUUAUUCAAUAAAAUUGAUUCAUUUAAGUAUAGAAUAGGAGUAAAAUAAAUUUUAAGUUAAUUUGUUACAUUUUUAAACGAGUUUGAUUAAUAUUAUAUCAUUAGUUUUUAAAUACGAUUUAAGUUUGAAAAAUAUUCAAGGAAAUUUUUCCGCAAGAUAUUGUAUAUUUCGUCAGAUUAGCGGUCAGUUGAUUUUUCAAAGUUCUUAGUCCUCUUUCUGGAAAAACCCAAGGGUAGGGUUAACACUUUGAAUUUAAAAGGCCGUUUAUUGCCUAUAUAUACCUUCGCACUUUAUUAUACUACUCCGCUAUACAAAAGAGGCAAAUAUACGUGGAACAAAAGAAUAAUAUAAAAGAUAGGCAUUUUUUUAAUAUUGACAAAAUGCAUUACACGAAAGCAGAAAAAUAACAACAAAAAUCUUCGUUUUUUUUUAUAAUUAGGAAUUUUUAAAAUAAUCGGAAAAGUUAAUUAUCGUUCUCUCUCUCUCUCCUAAAAAAAACAGAAAAAUUAAACUCGCGCUGGACGUGAGAGUGAUAAAUUUGGAAUGCUUCAAUUAAAAAAAAAAAAAAAAAAAAAAAAAAAAAGAAAAAGAAAAAAAAAUCAAUUUUUGUUACAAACAAUAUUAGUGAUAAAUGAAUGAAACUAAUUGUUUCAAUACGUGUACAUAAAGCGAAGUCAGUAGGUUUCUCGAUAUAGUAAUUUUUCUAGUGUAAAUAUAAAUUUAUCUACGAGAGGUAUGUAAAUGAAAUACUUUGCUAAUAUCAAUAUAAUUGUAAAUAAAUUGAUAUAAACCCGAAGACUGACCGGUGCUGAUAUGCCAACCGACCAAAGAAAUCCGCCAUUCGUGGAAAAAAAAAUUGUAUUAUAUUUUAAACACCCUUUUUUUAUAUUUAAAAUCGCAGUAUUGUGUAGAGAAAAUAAAAACAAUUUGUUAUAUAUAAUUUAAAUAUCCGCAAGCACUAUAUAAAACAAUAGUUAUGAAAAUUAUUAAUAAAAAAAAAACAAAUAGUUUUCAUCCAUUAUAUCUUCUUAGAUCUUUAUUAUUUAUCAAAUUUAUUGUAUAAUAAGGUCUGAAAAAGCACAUAAAAAUUAUUCAUACCUAUAGGAUUCAUAGGUAAAUAAACAUACUCGAUUAACUAUUUAUAUUUAAAACAUACAUCGUCGCGAGUGUGCCGUUCAUAGUGAAGUUCGAAUAUUAUUUUACGCCAUCGCAAAAUAUAAUUUGUGAUAUGUAAAUAUUGUACAACAAAAAAGAAAAAACUGAGCAGAACGGUGCCUAUAAGCCGAAAAUAUAUCAUAUUUUCCUCUGAAAAAUUA